GUGGAUUGUUUCAAUAUGUCUGUACUGCAUAACAAAUUGCCUAUAGAGAAAAUCUAUAGAGGACCAGCCCCUACCAUCCCCUGCCUAACGUCUUCUGAUCCUAGGGAGUUUUCAAGACUGAGAAUUGCAUUAGAGAACAUCCUGCCUGAAGAUGCCACUGAACGUUUCAAAUUUCAAAUCCUCACAGACCAUCUGAAACUGGAGGAGGCCCUCCUUGUGGCAGACUCUUACAGCAAUUCCAGAUUUCCCUUCACCAACACUAUGAAAGCUCUGGAUAAGAUGUAUGGUCAACCCCACCAAUUAGCACUGCAACGAAUCGCUGAGCUGAUGGAUGGAGCUAAUAUAUGCAGUGGAGAUGUAAAGGCCUUCAGGAUGUUCGUACUGCAGGUGCGUUCGCUUGUCAGUAUGUUGCAGCAGCUUGGCCACAAAGGUACUGUAGAGCUGGAAUGUGGAUCACAUGUGUCUCGACUCCUGAGUAAACUGCCACAUGACCUCAGAUCAAGUUUCAAGCGGUACACCCACCCUUUGCAAGUCUCUAUUCCUACUUUGCUGGACUUCGCUGAUUGGUUGGAAUAUGAGCUUCAAGUACAGGAAGACAAUAGCCAGUACGCUUGUUAUACAAGGCAGGAAUCUUCAGUGCAUGGCAGAGAGGUGAGAAGAGAGUCUAAGCAGCUUCGCAGACCGACUACCAUUCUCCUUGGUACCGACAAGUCAUAUUCCACAUCAAUGUCGUCAGCCACGUCUAAACCAGCUUCAGUCAGAGAAGAGAAGGUGAGAGCUUAUUGUCCAUACUGUGAUAAUAAUAAACACUAUCUGAAUGGCUGUGACAACUUCAAGCUUCUUUGCAAAGACCUGAAAAUAGACUGGAUAAAGACAAAGAACCGAUGCUGGCGUUGUGGUCGUGGACAUCAAGCAGCUAACUGCACACUAAAGACUUUCUGCCCAACCUGCAACAAGAAGCACCUUAUGGUACUACAUGAUGUCAAUGACCAGGUCAAGCCAUCUCAGCCAAGUGCAGCUCCUUCCAGUGCAGUUUUAUAUGUUGACCGACCAACCUCCGGAAGUAAAGUACUGCUCAAAGUGACUAAGGUUCUGAUCAAGAAUGGCAACGUGGCAAUGGAAGCUUACGCCAUAUUAGAUGAUGGAUCAGAGCGGACCAUCAUUCUGCAUGAUGCAGUACAGAAAUUAAGACUCGUGGGGGAGCCAGAGGACCUUGUACUUCGUACAGUAAGACAGGAUACCCAGGUCAUUCACGGGGCGGCAGUGACUUUUACUGUGUCCCAAACUGUUAACCCCAGCAAAGCUUACAAGAUCCGUAAUGCCUUCACAGCCAAAGCACUCGGUCUGGCAGAACAUACACACCCAGUUAGUGUCCUGCAACAGAAAUUUAAGCAUCUUGCAGGGUUACCUCUACAACAGCUGGACAAGGUACAUCCUGUUCUUCUCAUUGGCUCUGAUUGCCCCCACCUCCUCACACCCAUAGAACCAGUCAGACUGGGGCCCCCUGGUGGGCCAGCAGCAGUAAGAACACGUCUGGGAUGGACACUGCAGGGUCCAACUGAAGAAUUGAGCAGUCAUCUUUCCCCUGACCAAUGCUUCUUCACCUCGCUGCGGCCUGUCAAUGAUCUUUAUGCAAAUGUGGAGAGACUGUGGCAAAUGGAUGUUCUACCCUACCAGAGUGAAAAGGUGAUUACCAGAUCACGCCAAGACAAAGAGUCCAUUCAGCUUCUGCAAGAAAACACAGUGAGAGUGGAUGUUAAUGGUAUCCAGCGAUACGCUACUCCUCUGCUCCGUGUCAAGAACAUGCCUCGCCUCUGUGCUCCAAAGGAAGAAGUCCUGCCACAGUUGAGAGGAAUUGAGAAACGGCUUGAAAGGGACCCUGUUCUAACUGCAGCAUACCAAGAGGAGCUGGCCAGGUUAGUGCAAGCUGGUUACGUUAUCAAACUUAGUCAGGAGCAAGUUGACAAAACAAAGGAAGCCUGGUACAUCCCGCACCACAUGGUGCAGCAUAAUGGGAAGAACAGGGUGGUCUUUAACUGUUCAUUCUCAUAUCAAGGGCACAACCUGAACGAGCUACUGUUACCUGGACCAACACUUGGUCCAUCGCUCCUGGCAGUCCUUCUGCGUUUCCGGGAGCACUCUGUUGCCAUCAGUAGUGACAUCCGCGGCAUGUUCCAUCAGGUACGCCUCUUGCCACAAGAUAAACCUCUGUUGAGAUACAUCUGGAGAGACAUGCAAAGAGACAGAACCCCAGAUGUCUAUGAAUGGCAGGUACUGCCUUUCGGGACCACUUGCAGUCUGUGUUGUGCAUCGUUUGCUUUACAGAAGCAUGUUCUAGAUCACAGCCAGCCUGGAGAGGACACACAAGUUUCAGUGGAGAAGUCAUUCUAUGUGGACAAUUGCCUCCAGAGCUUCACUUACCGUGACAUGGCCAAGAAUCUGGUAGACAAACUCUGUAACCUUCUAGCAUCUGGUGGCUUUGAGUUACGACAGUGGGCAAGCAAUGACCCUUCAGUUAUCAGCCAUCUGCCAGCGGACAUUCAGUCACCGAGUAGCAUCCUCUGGCUCAGCGAAGGCUACCAAGAAGCUCAAGAAUCAACACUUGGCCUGCACUGGAAUUGCCAAUCAGAUACCCUCUCUUACAAACGAAGCAAACCAGACAAUGAAGUGCCCACAAUGCGAAGCAUCUACCAGAUACUUGCCAGCCAGUAUGAUCCCCUUGGCUAUAUUGUACCCUUCACCACUCGAGCCAAGGUGAUAGUGCAGAGGUUGUGGGACAAACAAAGGGAGUGGGAUGACCCCAGGCUGCCAGAGGACCUAUUAGACUCUUGGAAACACUGGGAGAGUGAAUUGGAAGAUCUGCAGAAUAUCAGUUUGCCCAGAUGUUACUGCAGCAAGGAACUAGACUGCUCUAGUAGUAUUAGGCAACUUCACAUCUUUUGUGAUGCCUCAGAGAAGGCGUAUGGAUCUGUGGCAUACUUAAGAACAGAGAACCCUCAAGGUAAAGUGGAGGUGGCCUUUGUAACAGCUAGGUCUCGUGUUGCUCCCAAGAAACAGCAGAGCAUCCCUCGUCUUGAGCUGUGUGCAGCACUCACAGGUGCACAGCUUGCUAAAGUCCUGAAGGCAGAGCUAACGUUACCACUCAGUAGUGUCACACUGUGGUCUGAUUCCACCACAGUGCUAAUUUGGCUUUUAUCAGAUUCCUGUCGCUUUAAGGUGUUUGUGGGGACCAGAGUGGCAGAAGUACAGGACUUGACUGAAUCUGACACCUGGCGUUAAGUACAGUCAUCCGACAACCCAGCAGAUGCAAUUACAAGAGGGAAGUCUCCCUCUGAUCUCAACAAGACAGCAGAUGGAACCAAGGCCCAGCAUUCCUCAGACAAAGACCAGACAGCUGGCCAGAAAUGCCACAACUAGCUCACAUAAGUGAUGACGGUGAGCUGAAAAGGUCAACUUUCUGUGGACUGUUAACCUCUGAUCUGUCACUGCCAGAUCCUCAUAAAUUUUGCACAUUCACAGACUACUUAAAAGCUCUUAUACAGCCAUCAUCAGAAAGCUCUCCCUUCAUUGCAACUGCAGAAAACUACAUAGAAGCUGAGCUCACAGCCCUCCGACAGAUCCAGGCAGAAUCAUUCCCAGAUGAGAUAUUGCACUUGAAAUCUGGUAAACCUCUACCAAGCAAUAGUCGACUGCUUUGCCUAGCCCCAGAACUAGAUAUCAGAACCAAUCUCAUUCGUGUUGGCGGUCGCCUAUGACAAAUCAGUCAACUAGACGAGGAUACCAUUCACCCCAUUGUCCUUGAUCCACAUCACCCACUCACCAAACUAAUUAUCAAAGACUAUGAUGACUGUUUGCAUCACCCUGGACCAGAGAGGGUGUUUGCGGAGCUCAGGAGAAAAUACUGGGUAUUAAGAGGACGAGCAGCAGUUAAAUACCACCAACGCCAAUGCGCUGAAUGCCAAAAAUGGCGGGCUAAACCGCAUCCCCCCAGGAUGGCAGACCUCCCACCUGCCAGGUUAAGAAUUCACCAGCCAGUUUUCUAUUCAACAGGUAUAGAUUGCUUUGGUCCCUAUCUCAUAAAGUUUGGACGCCGAAAUGAGAAGCGUUGGGGGAUCAUCUUCAAGUGUAUGACCACCUGUGCAGUGCAUAUUGAUCUCCUCACAAGUAUGGACAGUGACUCAUUCCUGAUGGCCCUUCAUUGCUCGGCGAGGGAAACCCUUCGAAAUCCUGUCAGAUCAGGGAACGAAUUUCAAAGGUGGUGAAAGGGAACUUCGGGAUGCCUACACUGUUCUUCAACCUGAGCUCCAAGCUCAACUGGCAAGCCAGCAAAUUAGGUUUACAUUCAAUCCACCUAAUGCCCCACAUUUUGGUGGAUGCUGGGAACGGGAAAUUCGAUCCUUGAAAACAGCCCUACAAGUGACACUCGGAGCACAGACAGUCACUGAAGAAGUAUUGCGGACUGUUCUCAUUGAAAUUGAGGGGAUCCUCAAUGCCAAACCUCUUGGUUACACAUCUUCAGACAUUGCUGACCCUGACCCAGUUACACCCAACAUUCUGCUGAUGGGGCGGCGGGACGCCUCACUUCCCCAAGUGACAUACCAGGAUUCUGAGCUUCUGAGUCGACGGAGAUGGAGGCAUAGUCAGCUGUUAGCUGAUCACUUUUGGAGGCAAUUCAUCCGUAACUACCUACCCAGCCUUCAAACCAGACAGAAAUGGAUGUCAGAAACAGACAACCUACAGAUAGGUGAAACUGUUAUGAUUGUGGAUCCACAGCUACCUCGUGCACUUUGGCCUGUUGGAAGGAUUGUUCAAGUUUUCCCUGGGAAGGAUAACAGAGUCAGAUCAGCUGAGAUCAAAGUGAAAGACAGAACUUACCUAAGGCCAGUGACCAAGAUCAUCUGUCAACCUCCUUUACCUUAAUGACAUUACAAUACUUAGUAAGGCCCUUGUUGUUCAAAUUCACCUUGUGAAUUUGGGGGCGGCUGUAAAAAAGGCCACCCCUUGAAAGUGAACUCUUCCGAACCCUCCCGCCUGUGUUCGUGAUUUGGACUGUUCCUAAUCUUUCCGCGGAGUGAGAACCAAGACAUUAUAGAGGCUGGAUGUGUUGAUGUGUUUAUAGUUAAUAUUUUAUAGUUAAAUUAGUUAGAAGUGGCCCGUUUAAGGAUUGUGUGGAUAUAUGUGUGCGUGCAACUAAUCGUAAGUACAUUUACAUAAUUAAAUGUAUGAUAAGUUCACAAGCGAGAUUAAUGACCACUACCGCGGCAUUCCGCCUAAAUGUUUACAUUGUUUAUUAUAUUUGCACAUUUUCUUGUUGACAAAAUGUUAUAUUUCGCCUGUGUUUUUGUUUGAUAGAAUAUUUAAUGUUAUUGCAUAUUAGGCUAUAAUGCAUAGACUUGAAACGCAUCUCAGGGAACAUGUUCGGGCUUGUUCACCGGACGAGCUAGGCACGUGAGCCAGACGCACAGUGCAGUAGUGCGAUUAUUUAAUAGAACUUUGAGUCAUAUUUGUAUAUAUAUUAUAUUUAGAUAAUUUACAAUGCUGUUACUUAUGAGAAUUUAAGUACUGAUGUAAAGAUCUGUUAAUGUGUAUUUAUUCAUUUAUUCAUAUUUGUAUACUGUUUUAUAUUUACAGAACCACACACAUCUUUGCACAAUUGAGAAUGAGAAGUCACGUGCCGAUUUGGGUUGAUAUGGGAGGGGUCUGAGCCGGUCGGCCCUGAUGGAAGGAUAUGCUAUCUGUUGCCAGGGGCAAUGCCUUCAGAACUUCACAGAGGCGCGACUAAACAUUUCAGAGCGCUUUCAUUUUUGCGCAUUUAUUUUGUCGGCGGAACAGAUCGAGACGGAUCUACAUUACGCGAAAGAAAAGGAAGAAAGUAAAGCAAUGCAAACACAUAAGGCGAAAGAAAGGGGACCUUACAGGAACAAGCUCACACCAAGCACAAAACAGCGGUGUUUGGAGAAGCUCUCAGGCAGCUCCCUGCAGCGGCACAGAGACCUGAACAAUUUACGUUACCUCAGUGCACACAUAUGGACAUCGGGAAUUAUAUUGUUUACGAUGUAAGUCACUUUGCAUUCACGCUGUUAAUGGCUUAAUCUAACCCGGACAUUUACAUCUUGCAAUCACACAUUUAACUACCCUAGCUAACCCAGAACUGGUUUGUCCACUUUGCAGCCCCCAACAAAAAAACCUGGUACAGUAUGUGUCAUUGGGUUAAAAUCAAAUUAUAACUAAACAUACACAGCUUUAGCCUACAUCAAAAUAUGUUGGAAACGUUCGUAUACAUUGAACAUCUCGUUACAAUCUAGUGUUCAUUCGCAGUUAAUUACUUUGCCAUUUUGGUCAAGAAGUGCAUUCUAAAUGCAAUGUAAUUCCAAUACGCUAAAACGCAUGUGAAUAAACUUACUUUGGCCAGUACAACACUGUUUUCUUCACCUGAUGUAAAUGGACCCAGCCACAGCAGAAAGCCUCGUAACUUUCCAAGGACUUGUGACUUUUAAAGUCCUGCAUUGUGUAGUAACUUAAACCAAAAAAAUAUAUAAUUCCCAAUGUCCAUAUGUGUGCAUGGAGGUAAAUGGUCCAGGUCUCUGUGCUGCUGCAGGGAGCUCGUAUGGGGUCGAUAUUUUAUAUGCUUGAGAGCUUCUCCAAAUACCGCUGUUUUGCGCUUGGUGUAACCUAAAAAAAACUGUGUUCCAUUGUUCCUAUGUUUUCCAUAUGUAUGGUGUGAGGUACUGCAGCAGUUUUUAACGCAGCAGUAACUUCCAGGCAUGGUAAAACAGUGCAGAAUUGCGAGAACCUCCUCUUAACAACAUAUGUAAACAAUCCUGUUUCGCCGCCGGUAUCCUUCCAACGUGGCGGAGACUGUGAUAUCGAGGGAGGGGCUUUGUGCUAUGACGACAACUUCUCAUUCUCAAUAAAUCACCCUUAAGUACAUUCCUGGUGUGAGACCUAAUGUUCUGACCGGACACCCUGUAGCCGUUCUAUAAAUCCGAACCUGAGUUAGACAAGAGUAGUCAGCAGUUUUUUCAGUUACACUUCCGUCAAAUGCACACUACACAUCUGAAUACACUCAAUACUACCCAAUACAUAUUCUGUGUACACAAUGAGGUAAAAAAAAGGGGGGGGGGGGGGGGUUACACUCUAAAAAAUGAUGGGAUGUUUUUUCAACCCAAACCCUGGGUUGAGACCGCUGCGUAGGUUAUUGGGUUGUUUUAACCCAAGUUUGGGUUGAAAAUCGGUCUCGGUUAUAACCCAGCCAGACAGCACAUGAACGUCUGCAAGAUGUCUGUUAAAGAUCUCUUGAUCUGGAAAGCAUCUGCUGUCUCCAAACUUCUGACAGAUGUCUUUCAGAUCUCAGUUUUGGAUACAUUCUAAAUCAUAAACAUCUUAUAGACAUCUAAUAGACAUCUAUUUGACAUCAAGAAGGAAACUAUAGACGUAUUGCAGAUGAGCAAAUAUGUCAUGGGUCAGAAUUUAUUAUUUUAUUCAACAGUUAAAUUAAUAAGAAAUGAAUAUUAUUAUUUUAUUAUUAUAUUAUAUUUAGAAUAGGCUAUCAUUUCAGUGUAAUAAAUAGUUGGCGAUAGUUUCACAAAAUAAAAAAAAAUCAGUUUAUUUACAUUUACUCAACUCUAUGUUGUUUCAAACCUUGUGUCUUUAAUGCGUUUGAGAAACAAAGAUAUUUUGAAUAAUGCUGAUCAUCAAAUUGUUUUAGUCUGUAAAUAUAUUACAAUAUAGAUGCAGCUUCUGAAACAAAAGUAUACCAUGUGUAACUCUAAAUUAAAUAUUAGGCCUACUUUAACAUUACUGAUUGGAAGAGGUACUUUUAAUAUAACGUCCGUGAGUGCCUUAUGUCAUAUUUACAUAAGAUUUUACAAUAUCUGCAUGUUUUGAGGUGUUAAUAAAUGGUUAUGGUUACGAUUACACAUGUUAAUUUGUUAUCUUAUUUUUCACGGUUAAACUGAAUGUACGUUAGUCUCCUAAAGGAAAACGCGUUAUUUAAUAAAGACUAGCAUGAUUAUUUUGAGGCUGUUGAAGUGAUAAUUGUCAAAAGUAUGUUUUACAUGUAAUAUUUCAGAUUUGUUGAGCUCGUGUCUUCACUGUGUCCGCGCCGAGAGUUCAAAACACAGAAGCUGUUUGUGUGAGAAGUCACAGACUGUGUGAGGAGGAGGCGGUGUUCUCAGCUUCUUCUUAAGAGAGGGACAGAUGGGUUUAAGGCAGUAAACUUCAGAAUUAUUUCCAGUUAUAUAUAUUUUUUUUUUACUGACACUAAAAUAAUGCUUGUUUUUGUAGAUGUUGAAAUCCAGAGACAAGAUAAGUUAAUUCUUUUGAGACUGAUGUUAGGCAAGGCAAGUUUAUUUAUAUAGCACAUUUCAUACACAAUGGUAAUUCAAAGUGCUUUACAUAAAAGAAAGUAAAAUAAUCAUGAAGAAAAAUAAUAACAAAAAUAAAACAAGCAAAUUUUAAAACUUUUAAAAUGAUUAAAGCUAGGGCUGUAGUAUUCGAGUCCGGUCUUGGACUCGAGUUCGGACUCCAGACAUUUUUCUGUCGUCUCGGACUUGUCUCGGACUCUUUGCAUUUGCACUCGGACUUGUCUCGGACUUGGCCAUUGGACUCGCCAAGUCUUCUAGUUGGUCUCGACUGAGUCCAGCAAAAAAAUGAAAUAAAAAAAUUCUCCUUCAAAACAAAACCACAUUUGCAUGAUGUCACGACUGAUAACUGUCUAAAACUGUCUAAAGCUGUUACUGUACAAGCACAGUAAACUAUUCUACAAAAAAUAUAAUUGUUAAACAAUACUUUUGCACACUCAUUCAACUGUAUUUAUUAUUACUGUUCUCAAGUUCCUGCUAUUCAUAAUGUAUAUAUAAUCCUUCUUUGCUCUGUUCAUAAUGUACAUACAAUCCCUACAUUACAUUCAUAUUUAUAUUCUGUAUAUACUCUGAUCAAUAUUGUAUAUAGCAACUCCACUGUACAUUCUGUAUAUCAUAAGCUUUACUUACUCUGCACUUUUAUGUAUAUAUAACACUAUAUUCUUGCACUUCUGGUUAGAUGCUAACUGCAUUUCAUUAGCUCUGUACUUGUACUCUGCAUAAUGACAAUAAAGUUGAAUCUAAUCUAAUCUAAUAAGGUGUGGAAAACGCUAGGCGCGCCGCUCUCCUUAUUUCCAAAGCACUCUGUAGCCUGCACUCUACGCUCGCGCUCCAGUGGCGUCUGCUGUUGCUGGGCAACCAUGACCCGCUCUCUGUGAAGACGCAGAAGUUUCAGCAAAGAAUAAAUGGAUUUCCAGCACUAAACAUCCCUUGCAGUAGCUCUGUUAAUAGAUUCAUUUAAAAAAUGGCUAUCCUUGUACAGCUAUGAUCAUCUGUUUCUCCAUUUUAUCUUUCAGUAUUGUUCCUAGAAAGGAUUUGCAUGACCAGCGGUGAACUUACUGCGACCUGAAAAGUUUAGAUGUUUCUAAUUUAAUUUUCUACCUGUUAGAUUGUGUUUUAUUUACAUCUACACCUAGAUAGCCUUAAACGUACCCUUUACAAUAAUGAAAUAAUCAUUAUUGUUGUACAGUAUAGGGGUUGCAAGACUACUGAUUUCUACUAGUCGAUUUUUUUAAUAAAAAAAUGCUCGAGUUACUCGGCUACUCGUGGUUCAUGUUAUUGUAAAUGAAAAGACAUUAAAUAGUUUUUUUGAUCAAUAAACGCGUAUUAAUGUAUAGCCUUAUGCAACAAUUACAUAUGCAAAUUUUAAAAACUUUAUAAUUAUGACAUUACAUAUUUAAAUUUUCAUGUAACAGCCAGUUAUCUGUUAUUUGUAUCUGUAACAGUCACAACAUUUUUCCUAUCUGCAUUCGGAUACAACAUCGUUACUUGAGAAGACUGUUAAGACUUUUUAUAUUUUUUUCGUGGCACUGAACAAGUAUGUCGUGUUACACUAAAAUAAUUAUUAAUUUCUAAAAUAAUAUUUACCAUGCAAGCAGAGAGAUGUCAUGACAAAUGUUUAGUGAUCAUAUGAACACGACUGAAUCCAUUUAAUGCGCACAUUUUGCAGAACACUUUAAGUGAGUCUUAAUGUUAAUGAACUUCACUAAACAGAUGUGUGUGUGCCGCGCAAACCAGCAAAACAUAAAGAUGCAAACAUGUAGGACAAGUAGACAAUGUAUCCGUAUCUAAACUCUUGAGAGAGAACCGAUUUGUUUUUUGAGAGACCGAGACGCGCAAUGCUGCUGUUUGAUUGGUGAGCGCGCUGUGCUUAUUCCAUUCAUUCGUAUCAUUUCGUAGCCUAAGCUUUAAAUCAUUGCCUUUUAAAUAUAUACAAAUACUAUAACGUGUAUGAUGUAUUAUUAUAGGUAAAAUUACUCUUGCAAUGCUCUGAUUUCUGAGAGAUGCACAGAGAGGCGACAACAAUGCGGUGUUUGAUUUGCGCACUUUUCACUCAUAAAGUUUACAUUCAUUCACUUCUGCCACUAAUCCCCAGGCUCACCUGUUAUCUAGCAAACACCAGACUGUGUCAGCUUCAGCCAAGUAUUCAGGCAGAAUUAUUCCUUGUCCGUUAUUCGUUUUUUAAGACAUUAUCCGUGCAAUUCAGAAUAAGGUAUUGGGCUUUAGGCACAACCCUAAUUAUUACAUUACAUAUUUUAUUUUUACAUGCAACAUAGAUAAUGUCUAGUAACAGCUCCACGCAAUAUUGUUAUUCUAAAAUUCAUGUCAUAUUUGCAAACACUUUGUAUGCAUUAUGGUUAUGCAUGCUGGAGUAGUCGAUUGUUUCCAACAGUACCGAGUAGUCUAUGCAAGCACUAGCACAGUAGGACAAAAAUGUCGCUGUAUUUAUGUGCGCAUGCCCAGUAGAGCCAAACGUAUCCCUUCUAGCCUUGCUGCACGCAUUUUUCAUAUCCCGAGCUUUGUGUGUAUCUGUGCACUCACUGUGCCAAGGCAUCAGUCAUAUACAUUUUUGACCACAGAGAUAAUGUCAGCAAAAGCAGCAUUAUUAAGUAAAUAAAAUGAAAAUAAAGUACAUAAAAAUUAUUUGACCUUACAGUUCCAAACUUUGUUCUAGAGGGCCAGUGUCCAUAGUUUAGCUCCCAGGGUCGGACUGGGGGUAAAACCAGUACUCAUUACCAGGCCCCAAAGGAAGAGAGGGCCUUUGAAAAGUAUGAAUCUGAAAUAUAUUUUAUUUUACCUGGAUAUUUUCAUGGGUGGGGGGCAUGGGGCAGCCUACCCAUCAGGACAGCCUAUGCAUAGGGCCCGGGAUCUUGUGUAACGCCCCUGUUAGCUUUAACCCAAAUUAUACACACUUGAACCAGCUAAUCAAGCUCUUACUAGACACACUUAUCUUCCAGGUGUGUUAAGGCCAGUUGGAGCUAAACUUUUCAGGACAUUGGCACUCCAGGAUCUAGUCUGGAGACCCCUGUCCUACAGAGUUGUUACUUUGCACAUGCUUUUUGAUCAUUACAAAUAAUAAUGUACAAUUAUUUUCUUAGAAUAGGAGAUAUGCUGUCUCUCGCAUCACAUACAUUAUCAGUAGUUAAGUAUGUGGUCUUGAAGAGGAUCCUUUUUUCUCUUAUUUGGACCCGGUCCUGACUUGGACUCGAAAAUUUUGGACUUGGACUUGACUUGGACUCGAACCUCUUUGGACUCGGUCUUGACUCGGUCUCGACUAGUCCUGGACUUAACUUGACUUGGACUCGACAAAGCUGGACUUGACUACAGCUCUAAUUAAAGCAUUUAAAAACAGUUAUAAAAUGAUUUUACAUAAAAAAAUAAUAUACAACAGUGAAAAUAUAGUGCAAUCAGUUCGGACAUUGCACAGUGCUCAUUCAAUAAAUGCACAGCCAAAAAGAUGCAUUUUGAGUCUAGAUUUAAAUGUGACUAGUGUUUUAGCACAUCUGAUCUCUUCUGGAAGCUGAUUCCAACUGCGGGCGGCAUAGUAACUAAAGGCAGACUCCCCUUGUUUUGUGUGAACCCUUGGUAUUUCUAACUGACUUGAUCCUAGUGAUCUGAGUGCUCUGUUAGGUUUAUAUUCAGUGAACAUAUCUGCAAUGUAUUUCGGUCCUAGGUCAUUUAGUGACUUAUAUACGAGUAAAAGUACUUUUUAAAUCAAUCCUAAAUGUAACUGGAAGCCAGUGUAAGGACCUGAGGACUGGUGUGAUAUGCUCAGAUUUUCUGGUUCUAGCUAGAAUCCUGGCAGCAGCGUUCUGGAUGAGCUGCAGCUGUCUAAUGGUCUUUUUGUGAAGGCCGGUGAGGAGCCCAUUACAAUAGUCCAUCCUACUAGUGAUAAAGGCAUGAAUAAGUUUCUCCAAGUCUUAGCUGGAAACAAAACAUCUAAUUCUUGCAAUGUUUUUUAAAUGAUAGUAUGCUGAUUUAGUUACUGCUUUGACAUGACUAUUGAAACUAAGGUCUGUCUCCAGAAUCACACCAAGAUUCCUGACUUGAUUUUUAGUUGUUUGACCCCUAGAGUCAAGGUAUGCAUUCACCUUGAACACUUCAUCUUUGUUUCCAAAUGCAAUGACUUCAGUUUUUUCCUUAUUUAACUGAAGAUAGUUCUGGCACAUCCAACUAUUAAUUUCAUCAAUGCAUUGGCAGAGGGAGUCAAUGGGGCUGUAGUCAUUUGGAGAUAAGGCUAAGUAAAUCUAGGUAUCAUCAGCAUAGCUGUGGUAGGUAAUUUGGUUCUUUCUCAUUAUUUGACUUAGUGGAAGCAUAUACAGGCUAAACAAGAGCGGUGCAAGAAUUGACCCUUGUGGGACUCCGCAUGUCAUGGACGUCCACUUAGACUUAUGCUCUCCUAGACUCACAUAAUAGCCUCUCCCUUCUAAGUAUGAUCUGAACCAUUUGAGUACCAUCCCAGAAAGCCCGACCCAGUUUUCCAGUCUCUCUAGUAGUAUGUUAUGAUCGACAGUGUCAAACGCAGCACUGAGAUCUAGCAAUACCAGCACCGAUAUUUUGCCAGAGUCACAAUUUAAGCGAAUAUCAUUUAUUAUCUUAAUGAGUGCUGUCUCUGUGCUGUGAUGCAGUCGAAAACCAGAUUGAAAAUUGUCCAGGUAUCCAUUUGAGUUUAAGUAUUUGUUCAGCUGAUUAAAAACUACCUUUUCUAUAAUUUUGCCUAUAAAAGGAAGAUUAGAUAUUGGUCUAAAAUUGCUCAAAAUUGUGUUAUCAAGAUUGGUCUUUUUCAGAAGGGGCUUAACAACUGCAGUUUUUAGGGAGUUUGGAAAUGUCCCAGAAAGAAGUGAGGUAUUCACCACUUCUAAGAGAUCUGCUUUUAAACAGUCAAGCACACUUUUGAAAAAAGAUGCGGGAAGUGUGUCCAGACAACAGUUUGACGAUUUUAGUUGCUGCACUAUGUCUUCCAGAAUUUUGCUAUCAAUUGUUUCAAAAAUAGACAUAGUAUCUUUUUGAUAUUUUGGCCGAAUCUUUCUGACAUCUGCAUUACUUGAGGACGUGCUAAUCGCCUUCCUGAUAUUAAUGAUCUUCUCAGAAAAGAAAGAAGCAAACUCAUUGCAUUUGCUGUCUGAGAGCAUUUCACUGGGAAUCUGACUUGGGGGUUUGUCAGUCUCUCAACAGUGGCAAAAAGAGUACGAGUGUUAUUUAAGUUACUGUUUAUAAGGUUUGAGAAGAAAUUCUGUCUAGCUGUGGCUAGUUUCACAUUAAAUUCAUGAAGGCUGUCUUUAUAGAUACUAUAGUGAAUUUCAAGUUUCAUCUUCCUCCACAUCCGCUUGGCUUUUCUGCAUUGUCUUUUCAUGGUCUGAACUGCUGUUGAUCUUCUCCAAACUGAUUUCUGUCUGUUUGUUUUCUUACUGACUAUUAUUGGUGCAAUAUCAUCAAUAACAUUCUUAACUUUUGAGUUGAAGGAAUCAAGGAGAAUAUCAACAGAGUCUGCAGAAAUGCUUGGUGUUAAAGAUAUAGCCUCCAUAAAUAGUACCCUUGUAUUCUCGUUUAUGCAUCUCCUUCUGACAGGGACAGAUCUAGAUUCAGUGGUAGCAGAGAUCAAUAUAUCAAAGAAAAUACAGAAGUGAUCAGAUAGUGCUAUGUCCUUAGUAACAAUGGAUGAAAAGUUUAGACCUCUACUGAUGAUUAGAUCCAGAGUGUGUCCACCUUUGUGUGUGGGUCCAUGCACAUGUUGAAUCAGGUCAAAAGUGUUUAGAACUGUUGUCAUUUCUUUUGUAUUUUUGUUUUCUGCAUUAUCUAUGUGAAUAUUAAAAUCCCCUGCAACUGCAAAACAGUCAAACUCUGAGGAAAUUAUUGAUAACAUUUCUGUGACCUCUUCAACAAAGGCUGGAGAGUAUUUUGGAGGCCUGUAAAUAAUAAACAGAAUGCCCGGGGCACCUUUCAGCACAAUCCCUAGAUAUUCAAAAGACAAGUACUGACCAAAUGACACUUGCUUGCAUUGAUAGACAUCUUUAAAUAGAGCAGCUACACCCCCACCUCUCCUAACAGUCCUGCAAACACUCAUGUAAGUGAAGUUAGGAGGGGCUGCUUCAUUAAGGACUGUUGCACUGCAGCUGUCUUCUAGCCAUGUUUCAUUUAGAAACAUAAAAUCCAGAUUGUUUGUGGUUAUAAAGUCAUUGAUUAGAAAUGAUUUAUUUUUUAGUGAGCGAAUGUUUAAAAGUGCUAACUUGAUGGCAGUGCUUUGUGUCUUUACAUCAAUCUUAGUUUGAUGCAUAAUAGGCCGCAGAUUAGAUGAGUUUGCACUUCGGCUUGAGAAGGCCUUAGACUUUCUAUCACGUGAUAAAACUGAAAUAGACAAAGCUACAGGCACACUGGGUUCCCGCUUGAUCUGUAAGCAAUUGUGAAUGUUGCUGCUAUUAUAGCGGGGACCCGACACAUUUCACUGAGAGCUGCUAUCAGUUGUUAUUGGUUCACCUUCAGCAGAUAGAGGUUAGUUAUUUUUUUUAGAAAAUUUAUGUUUCUGUUGUGUCCUGCCUGUUUACUUCACAUUUUGAUGCAACAAUAGUGUGAUUACAUGUUCAUAUAUUAUUGAAACCAUUGAUGUCCCAUUUUUCUUUGCAGAACUCAACCUAACUUUGGAGUUAAGGACACAGAAGUCUGCUUGUGUGAGGAGGCGGUUUUACAACACAAAUGAAUAUGUUUUUAAUUUUCUAAAUAUUUUGUUAAUCCAUUUAUAGUCGAGAUAAUCAGUAUUUUCAAGCCUCGUAAAUACAGUUAUUGUAGAAGUAAUCCAUUCCUUAAAUUAUAUGAAAGCCAACAUGUAUGUUCAAAAUAAACUAUUGGUGAACUAACCCUUUGAAGAGCAACCCUCCACGUACAUGAACAUUUGUGAGGCCACUGAUGAAGAGCAGGCGGUGACUGGAUGAAUGCUGGUCAAAGAAGAGAACGUCCUUUCCCCUAAACCGAUGCAACAGUGGUUUGAAAGGAUGAUGCUGCCCUGGAUGAUGUACUGUAGAAGAUGUCACAUGUGCUGAUGGGGCUUCUUCAUGACUACAUCAAUUAUGCUACAGAGAUCAUGAAAGUUGAAAGUGAUGCAUGAUCUGUAAUCAUGGACUAUGAAACAAACUGUAAGCGUUUAAUUUGUAAAAACAAUGUUAAAUGCUGGUUUGGUGGUGGUUAGUAGAAGAGUUUACACUCUGUCAUUCACACACAUGCUUACAUUCUUUCACACAUACAUGCAUCUCUUAAAUGUUAUAAUAUCAAUGUUAAUGUUGUGGUUUAUUUGUGUACUGUCAUGCUAGAAUAGUUGGUAAAGAACCUAACUAGUUGUACAUUUAUUGUAUAAUAGGCUUUUUGUAUAUUUUUAUACAAUAUAUACAAUUUAAGUCCAAUUUGAUCUAAAGUUAUAUUCAACAAAUGUUCAAUACUUUAUCAACUCUGUAGCUAUUAAUGGCAUACUUUCUUUUGCAUUUCUUCUUACAUACAUGUUUUUGACUUCUCUUGUUUUUAAUAAAUAUUUACCUCUUGAUAGUUA